AUGUUUAUGGCAAGAUCUGAAUACGGCAAGCAGCUUCCCCCUCCUGUCCCCUCCCCUCCUAAGCUCUCUCCCGUUCUCUUCUGUUCCGCAGACAAGGAAACUCGUGCUAACUUCGUCUUGCCCGCAGACCGGGGAAUCAACACCUUCUCCCCCGAAGGUCGUCUCUUCCAAGUGGAAUACUCGCUCGAGGCUAUCAAGCUCGGGUCGACCGCCAUCGGCAUUGCAACAUCCGAGGGCGUCAUCCUCGGCGUCGAAAAGCGAGUCACAUCUUCCCUCCUCGAAACCUCCUCCGUCGAAAAGAUUGUCGAGAUUGACCGCCACAUCGGAUGCGCCAUGUCCGGCCUCCAAGCCGACGCCAGGUCCAUGAUUGAGCACGCCCGCGUCGAGUGCCAGAGCCACGCCUUCAACUACAACGAGUCCCUCAGCGUGGAGAGCUGCACCCAGGCCAUUUGCGACCUUGCCCUGCGCUUCGGAGAGGGCGCUGACGGAGAAGAGACCAUCAUGAGCCGGCCCUUUGGUGUCGCGCUCCUCAUCGCUGGCUUUGACGAGAACGGUCCCCAGCUGUUUCACGCAGAACCCAGUGGCACUUUCUAUCGAUUCGACGCCAAGGCUAUUGGAUCUGGCUCAGAAGGAGCACAAGCAGAGCUGCAAAACGAAUAUCACAAGUCCUUAACAAUCGCCGAUGCAGAGACACUGGUUCUCAAGACUCUGAAGCAAGUAAUGGAGGAGAAGCUUGACUCCAAAAAUGUGCAGCUGGCCAGCGUCACCAAAGACAAGGGCUUUAGAAUAUACACGGACGAGGAGAUGGCGGCAGUCGUCGAUCGCCUACCAUCAAACUAA